GAUCCAUAGGUCAGGAUGGAGAACGGGUCUUUCCACACGUACUUCGUGCUGAAUGGCUUUGAUGAGCUUGGCGUGCUGAGGCCCCUCCUCUUCCUGCCGUUCUCCUUCGCCUUCCUCGUGUCUCUGUUGGCCAACGGCCUGCUGGUGUACGUGGUCUUCUCCCAGAGGAGCCUCCAUCAGCCCAUGAGCGUCCUGAUUGCUGGCAUGGCGGUUGUGGAGGUGUGUCUCCCGGUGUUCUUCGUCCCCAACAUGCUGCUGAGCUUCCUGUUUGGCUGGAGGGACAUCUCUCUGAUUGGCUGCCUGACUCAGAUGCAUUUCAUCCACACUUUUGGAGCCUUUCAGACCACCUUCUUGGUGUGGAUGGCUUUGGACCGCUACUUCGCCAUCUGCAGGCCGCUCUAUUACCACCAGCAGAUGGCGCUGCAGAGCUUCAUCAGGUUCGUGGUCCCGCUGGUGCUGAGAAACGUGGUGGUCAUCACGCUGUUGGUGGCUCUGGCAGGAGCGCGCUCCUUCUGCUCUGAUGUCAUCCAUCACUGCGUCUGCGAGCACAUGGCCUUGGUGGAGCUGGCCUGCGGAAGCACCGCCCUCAACAGCCUGGCGGGGCUCAUGGCCAUCUUCCUCAUCCCUCUUCUGGACUUCCUCAUCAUUUCUGCAUCGUACAUCGUCAUCUUCAGCACUGUCCUGAGCUCCGCCCGCUCUGGCGGGAAAGCCCUGCACACCUGCGUCACUCACAUCAUGGUCCUCAGCCUCAGCCUGACGGUGGCGCUGGUCGCCUUCCUGUCGUACCGGGUCAGAAACAGUCUGCCCACUGCGGUUCGAGUCUUCUUCAGCACCAUGUACCUCCUCUUCCCCAGCUGCGUCAACCCGAUCAUUUACGGGAUCAGAACCACCGAGAUCCGACAGCACAUCAUGAAGACGCUAACGCGUCAAACCCGAGUGAGCGGGACCUGUUGACCUUCCAGCCAAAGGUACCAGGAUGUGACCCAAA